AACAAAAAAGAAUGGAGUGAAAUUUGUUAUCACAAUUCUCAAAACCUUUCCUCUUUCUCUACUUUUCCUUAACAACCAAGUCUUCUUUUCAUGCUUUUUCUUCGUCUUCUUCUUUGCUCUGUGCUCUGCUACUUAUAAAUUUAACCCCAUAUCUUCAACCAAAGCUUUCUCUCUUCCUUUCUUUCUUUCUUUCUUAGUCUCUCUCUAUGUGUUCAUCAAUGGCAGGUGAAGCAGAAGACACAUAUGCCAAACCCCAAAAGGUAGUUUCAGACCCAAAGCAACAAAACCAAAGUAACAAUAAGUUUCAAUCUAAUUUUCUCUAUAAAGCAGCCAUAGUUACAAUUUUCAUGAUCGUUUUACCACUUUUCCCAUCACAAGCUCCUGAUUUUAUAAACCAGAAUUUACUCACCAGAAGUUGGGAGCUCAUCCAUCUUCUCUUCGUCGGCAUAGCCAUCUCGUACGGUCUAUUUAGUCGCAAAAACGACGACGUAGAGAAGGAAAACGGCAACAACGCAAAAUUAGACAAUGCCCAAUCUUACGUCUCCCGAUUUCUCCAAGUUUCGUCGGUUUUCGAUGACGAAUCUGAGAACCCAUCUGUGUCUGAUGACAACAAGGUCCAAACUUGGAGUAGUCAGUACUACAGGAACGAACCACCGAUGGUCGUCGUAGCUAAAGAAAGCUCUGUUACAAACGAAAAUGGCGGAAACAGCAACGGGUCAUCGAGAACUGGAGAAAGACCGCUGCUUUUACCGGUUCGGAGCUUGAGGUCUCGGAUUCCUGAGUCGGACAUUGAAAACGGUGCCGUUUCGAGCUCUGGUGGUGAUGUUUCUCGUUCGAACUCGAUGACCGGUUCUAGAAGGUUUUCGAGCAAUUCGAACCGGGAAUUUGGAGGGUUGGAUUAUGAUAAAGUGGAGGAGAAGUUUAAGGAAAGUGUUGUUCUUCCUUCUCCGAUUCCAUGGCGAUCGAGAUCGGGAAGGUUAGAGAUGAAGGAAGAGAUUGAUGAAUUCAGUCGGGUCGAAUCUCGGAAUUCGGAGCCUCAACCCGCCCGUUUGACCCGACCCAAUUCGUUUCCCUCUUCGACGAAUACUCCAUCGGAAUCCCAAGCCAAGAUUUCGGAGGACAGAGUUAGAAAGAAGACGAUAUACGACAGGUCGUAUCCUCCUCCACCACCACCGCCACCACCGUCGUUUCCUUACAAAUCAUCGUCGUUUAAACCAAACACUACUUUCUCAAACGACAGUGAGAGUUUGGGUUGUAAUAAUAAUCAGAAUAAUCCAAGUAUCAACAAACUUCGUAAUGAGGAGGAAAAAAGAGAAGAAGAAGAAGAAAAUUUGGUUGAGAAAAUGAUGAUGGAAUUUGAUCAAGAAGAGACAGAGAGUGAAGAUGAUGAAAUUGGAAGUCGUUUGGGACAAAACGAUGUCGUUGAAAGCCCAAAAGAGAGUCCUGAAACGACAUCGUAUAACAGUAGUGUUGGAGAUGGAGGCCCAGAUGUGGAUAAGAAAGCUGACGAAUUCAUAGCCAAAUUUAGAGAGCAAAUUAGGCUUCAGAGAAUCGCAUCCAUUAAAAGAUCGAGUGCCCAGAUGAGUAAAAAAUUAUCAAGGUAAACGAAAAAACAGAUUGAAGGACAUUUCUUCCAACUAUUUUUAGUAUUUAGUCUCUCUUUUAUCUCUUUCUUUGAUAGGUUUUAUAUAAAGAUAUUCAUAUAUGUAUAAUGUUUUAAUUUAAAUUUCAGGUUAUGAUGAUAGUUUUUGUUUUAAACAAAGUGAUCAUAUGGUAUACAAAGGAUUUUUAUUGUUUGUUGUUUUGCCACAAAAUUUACUGAAGUGGUAUUGUUCUUCUUAUAAAAAGACUUUGGUGA